ACUCAAGAUUUCCGUGACCGCGGGGGCUUGGGUCUCAGCUGGCGGCCUUGCUCGCGACCUUUCUCGCGCUGGUCGGCUCAGCUCGCAGCUAUGGCGCGGAAGUCGAAUUUGCCUCUAAUUGUCGUGCCACUUCUGCUCAGCCCGGCCCUAGUGCUGGGCUCCAGCCUUCUGCCCCUGGUCGUCAACACUUGGCCUUUUAAGAAUGCGACCGAAGCAGCAUGGCAGACAUUAGCAUCUGGAGGGUCUACCCUGGACGCAGUUGAGAAUGGCUGUGCCAUGUGUGAGAAAGAGCAGUGUGACGGCUCUGUAGGCUUCGGAGGAAGUCCUGAUGAACUUGGGGAAACAACAUUGGAUGCAAUGAUCAUGGAUGGCGCUACUAUGGAUGUAGGAGCAGUAGGAGAUCUUAGACGAAUAAAAAAUGCUAUUGGUGUGGCACGGAAAGUAUUGGAGCAUACAACACACACACUUCUAGUAGGAGAGUCAGCCACCAAGUUUGCUGAGAGUAUGGGGUUUAUCAAGGAAGAUUUAUCUACGAAUUUUUCUCAUGCGCUUCAUUCAAAUUGGCUUGCUCAGAAUUGCCAGCCAAAUCACUGGAAAAAUGUUAUACCAGAUGCUUCAAAAUACUGUGGACCUUACAAACCACCUGGCAUUUUAAAGCAGGACUGUCAUACCUAUAAAGAAAUAAGAAAUGACUAUGGUCAUGAUACUGUUGGCAUGGUUGUAAUCCAUAAGAUGGGAUAUACUGCUGCUGGUACCUCUACAAAUGGCCUGAAGUUCAAAAUACCUGGUCGUAUAGGAGAUUCCCCCAUACCUGGAGCUGGGGCCUACGCUGAUGACUCCGCAGGGGCUGCUGCAGCCACUGGGGAUGGAGAUAUACUGAUGCGCUUCCUUCCAAGCUACCAAGCGGUAGAAUAUAUGAGAAGAGGAGUGGAUCCAACCAUAUCUUGCCAAAAAGCUAUUUCAAGAAUUAAGAAGCAUUUUCCAAAAUUCCUUGGCGCUGUUAUAUGUGCCAAUGUGACUGGAAGUUACGGUGCUGCUUGCAAUAAGCUUCCAACAUUUUCUCAAUUUAGCUUCAUGGUUUAUAAUUCUCUAAAAAAUAAACCAACUGAGGAAAAAGUAGACUGCAUUUAAUCCAUCUUUUCUUUUGAUGUCUAUAUUUAAAGAAGAAACAAAGGCUAAAAAGAUUGUUCACAAUUAUUGUUUAGUUGUCCUUGUGUAUUUAAAGUUCUUGUGUAAAAUAAGUACAAAAAUAAAUUUAUGCUGACAUAGACUUUCUGUAUCUGAAAUUGACUGUUUUUUAAGCUUUGUAGACCCCAUGAAAAUGAAUAUCCAUGUGUGUAUCUUAUACAUAUUUAAGUUUUAAGUGAUAUUUGAAUUUCUCACUGGUGUUUCAAGAAAUUUCUACUUUGGGGAUUUAUUCCCACAGUGAUAUAAUUCAUCUAAGUCUGUAUUUGAGUACUUAAAAUAGAGUAUAUAAACUUUUUAGAUCCAAAGAAAAAAAUCUCACUGAGUCUCAGCUUAUUACCCCUGAUUGGAUUUCAGUAUGUUAUGUGAUAUGUCUUCUGUCACUGAUUAUUAGUUUUACCCAAUAUUCCAUAAUAGCUUGAUGCAGGAAAGAUCCCAUUUAUAGAUGCUUUUUAUUUUGCACAUAUUAGAAAAUAUAGGCAAUCUUCCAAUGAACAACUAUGUUGAUUUUCCUUGGAUUUUUCUCUGAUGGAGUGCUCACCAUAUGAAAGUUCUUAGGCCACAAAAAUCUCAGAUCUUUUGCCUACCAAUGCUCAAUAAUGAUAAUUUCUUUUGAAAAUCACAUGGAAAACUUGAUUUAUAGUGCAAUUUUAGUAGCUUCUUAUGCUGAGGAGGGCCUUGUGAUUAUAAUUGUUGUCUGACUUGGUAUUAUUUUCCUAACUUCUGAAUUCACUAUCUCUGACUGACAACUACAGGGAAGUUGUGUAUCAGCUUUUAUGACAUCAUCUUUUCCUGCAAAAUUAUUAUCUUUUAAAUCAGUAAUCGAAGAAUAUGUACAACAUUUUCUUCAAACUUCAGUAUUUUACUCUGUUUUUUUCUAUACCCACCAUAAUGUUUACUGUCAUUUAUAAUGUAGGGUAGAAACCUAUAGUGGAGAAUGAUAAGAUCACUUGUGUUCAGGCCUUUUAUGCAUCAAAAUUGUCAGGGGAGACCUUUAAUAAUGCCCUCUACUCUAUCAAACUAUAUAAGAUUCCCACAAAUAAUAAUUUGAAAUUAGAUCUCAUCACUUCUCAGCCUUUUGACUAAGAUCAAGUGAAAUCUAGAUCCAGCAGCCAUUGAUGGUAGUCUGAAACCUAAAAGAAAACAGUUCUACAACUUCAUACUCAAAAAUCAGAAAAAUCUUACCUUUGAGGGUUCCCAGGAGCUAGAUACUUGCUUAAAUCUAAAACUGGGCCUUGGAACAAGGAAAAACAAACCAGAUUUAAACUCAAAGUAUAUUUAUUUUAAGAUGAUAUUCCUGUUUUGCACAUUUCUUUCUAUUAAUGUCAGGCAUUCAUUUACCAACAGAAAGAAGAGAGUAAAGGAGAAAGUAUAAUUCUUCUCCCACUUAGGAGAUCAGCUGACAGAAACAGCUUACAUACAUUUUUAAAGGAUGUUUUCUCUUUAACUCACAUUCUUUCUGAUGGAAAUAAUGUCCUUAUAUAUUUAACAGAAAUUUAGCCUUGGAGAUAACAUUUCUAAAGUUCUAGAUUAGAUUAUAAUAUUUAAUGUUCAUUAUUUAAUAUGAUUUGUGUAUUACAUAUUAUCUGUUGAAAAGAAAUUAUUUGUCCCUGGUGAUGUAUAUAAAGGGAGCUCAUGUCUUUGAUAAUGUUUUGAUUCAGUGUGCACUAGAAUCACAGGGAAAACACAUAAGAACCUAGUGAAAUACUACAGUCAGUAAAAUGUAAGCCAAUCAUAAAUAAAUUGACUUUGAAAUAGUUCAUAAAUACUUGGAAAGAGCAAGAAUAUUACUUGGAAACAGAACCUUAGAAAAUUUAGUCGUGAUCUAAACUAUCAUGGCAGACAAUAGUUGUUUCUAGUUGUAUCUUGGUUGUAUCAUUGUUACAAAUUACAUGAAUGUUAAAGAGAAUAAGGUAAGAGAUAAUAUUCAUAACUUUUGCAUGCCAUUCUUUUUUUUUCCUUUGUAUAAAAAGUGUCCUACGACUUAUUACUUAGGUGAAGCUACAUUGUCCUAAACACACAUGUGAACUAGCAAUUUUUCUAAAUGAUUCUGGAAACUCUUGUCACUUAGAUUUGCUUUAUCUUUUUUAUUUAUGUAAACAUAUAUAUAUGUGGACACAUAUACAGAGAAGGAAUAACUUUUUCAGCUCACAUGUUGCAUUUCAUAUAAUAUUACUAACAAAUUUGGUGGAUUUAAAUUUGACUAUUACCCCAAUGUAACAACAAUUAGAAAAAAGAAAUGAUUUUCUUAUCAGCUAUAUCAGAAUGUGGUGUUAUCCCAGAGGCUGCACUCAAGUGUUUUGUCUUUUUAGCACAAUAUGCAAAAAGAAAAAUGUUAACCAUAGUAUGUAAUAAGGAUUGAUAAUUUUGUUCUCAUUUAUUUG